AGAGAGAGGUCUAAAUAUAUAUGCAGUGUGAGGUCAGAUGGAGAAGCACAAUAUUCCAGCAGAAAGGACAAUGAUGAUGAGGAAUGUAGAGUACUAGUCGACGAAAAUAUGAGGUCUUCUACAUCAAUGAUGAACCAGCAGAGGGCUGAAGUAGAUGCAGAAAUGGAAGGAAAUGCAGUCACCGCAACUACUUAUUACAAUCUGCAGAGACUAAUGCGCUUGUACACAGAGAGACCACAGAGAACGCUUGCUUCUCCUAUUAUUCAGGUCCUUCGUCAAGAAAACCCCUCUCUUGAUUCUAUGCUCAAUACGCUUCUAGAAACAGGUGAAGUUGAUACUCAAAGUCAAGAUCUUUAUGUAAGGGAAGAUGAAACUCAAAGUCAAGGUCUUUCUCACGAUCAGAUUUCUUUGCUCCCGAUUUCAAAAUAUGAGUGUGAUUUCAUUUCAGGAAAGGAUUCCGGAGAUGAGAGAUGUGUGAUUUGCCAGAUGGAAUAUAAACGAGGUGAACAACAGAUGACACUUCCUUGCAAACAUGUCUACCAUGCUACUUGUGGAACCAAAUGGCUCAACAUCAAUAAGGCUUGUCCCCUAUGUCAGACUAAGGUGUUCUUUGAUGUGUCAAAAGACAAGGCAUGAUCACUGGGAAGUACAGAGAGGGACUUGAAGAAGUACUGUCACUGAGCAUUUUUCCAAUCCACCUUUUAUAUCAAUCUUCUGCAGAUGCUAAUUUUCCAAACAAAUUAGAAAAACAUUCUUCCGCUUCUUCUAGCAGCACAGCUUUUAUAACAAGAGAAUUUUUCAGAUUGUAAAUGAUAGACCAGAUGAUUAUAAUAGCUAGUUUGUAUGAUUCCUCCUA